CUCGGGGUGUACGCCACAGUAACUGGUCCUGCAAAAAAGACAGAGCCUUCCGAUGGCGUGACAUUUAAAGGACGUGGUGCAGGGGCGGAGUGGCCCGUUGGCAAGCAGGGGGAGAAUCAGCUGUACCACUUUGCGAACUACAACUUCACUCUUGUGGCGACGGUGUCCAUACACGGUGAGCCGAAGAGUGGCAGCGUCCCUUUGAUGGGUGUGCGUGCGGGCAGUGACGGAGUAACCAAACUUGUGGAGUUGUCGUACGGCAGCGGAAAGAAGUGGCGGGCGCUGUGCGGUGACAGAACAACCGCGGAGCACAGCAGCACUUGGGAGGCAGAGAAAACGUACCAAGUGGCCAUUGUGUUACAGAACGGCGCCCAGGGCUCCGUGUACGUCGAUGGUCAGCGUGUGUGUGAGAGUGUGCAAAAUAACUUGGAAAAUACAGAAUCGAAAGGGAUUUCUCACUUCUACAUUGGAGGGGAUGGAGUCAAUGCAGAGAACACAGCGGGUGACGAAGAUGUGUCUGUGACCGUGUCGAACGUCCUAUUGUACAACCGUCCGUUGACAUUUACUGGUGGGAGUGCCGAUUUGGAAGAAGAUAUUGCACCACCCUCUGAGGCUCCAGUGGAACAAGCGGCCUCGCAGCAGUCUCGAAAGAAAAGUGAAGAACAGCAAGUGCCGGCAGCUUCGAGCUCCCAUGCCGUUGGAGAAGCAACGGGUGAUGGCGGCACUGUGCGUGGGAGCGGACUGCUGCCGUUGCUUCUUCUGUUGGGACUGUGGGUGUUUUCGGCUCUGUGA